CUCGCUUGCCACCAACACUAGUCUUUUGGCGCUUAGAAGCCAUACAUUGCACAGAUCAUGUUUCUUUCUCUCGUUUUGCGCUCUAGAAGAGCUCCUUUCCUUUCCUUGUUCUUCGUCAUCGUCUUGUUUCUGGUUUCUCAAACACCUCCAUCAUCAGUCAACUCGAGCUAUUUCUCUUCUCUUCGUCCCCAGCUGGAGAAUUCCAUUUCAUUAUUCGGAGGGACUCUUGAUGAGGACUCUCAAUCACCAGCAUAUCUUCUCAAAGACGCGUUGCCGCCACUCCACGGCGAUGAUCACUCGUCGAGCAGCCAGGUCCUGUACCCUCACCGCCCAAAAAGCCCAUCUCCUAUAACGAUGAUAGUCAUGUGGAGUCCCACAGGCGGCAAGACACCCGUAUACAUGAACACCUACUUUUCAUCUGUCCUAGCAAACCCGACAAUUGACCUGCUUCUCAUAAAAUUCGACAGAGAAGGACACGGAGUUGAUUGCGGCCCCAUGGCUCCUCAAGUAGAUAAUUCGAAUAUUCGCGAAGUAUGUUUUUCUCUCGAGGACUAUUACGAAAGGCAUGCUAGGUGGUUGUGUGGGCUGCCCGGAUGGGAAUGCAGUCAGGAUGAAUUCGUGAAGUUGACUAGCGACUUGAAGAAGUUUGGGGUUUGGGAUAGGGUUUCGUCUCAUUUUCGCCCCUUCAGGGCUGCCAUCUUCCAUGACUACAUUCACCCAGAUACUCCAAUAUGGGGCUGGGUCCCAUGGGAUCUGGCGCCUCAGUUUGACAUCAUCGUAGCCUCCGCUCAGUCCUAUCUCGACGAGAUCCUUUUAUACCUUCCCGGACAUCUCUGCUUCUUCCGUCAUUCCCAGAGUAUUGUUGAUGAAUUUUUGAAAUACCCCGCUUUAAGGAGCCUGGAGGCAUUUAGAGCUGCUGAGAAGGAUGGGAGAUGGAUAGGCUCAGACGCUGAGGAACAAGAAUAUUCUCAUUUCGCAUUUACGAACAAAAACCUCACAUUCCUUACCUUUUACGCCAUGAACAAUCACGACACAUACCUUUCCUCGCCAAAGCUUGGCACUUAUUCUGUCAUAAACGCUCAUCACCUUUCGGAUGGGCUCCUUAUUCGUAAUUCGCCUUUGGCGAGCGAGGCAAGUGGAUCGAGGACAAGGCCUCCACCAGACAAAGAGCAGCCAAAUAGUGAACAUAUAGUGGAACACACUGUCCCUUCCUUAAGAACGGACCUGCGGGAUAGACUUCUACUCCAUAUCACCCACCACAAACAUUUACUUUCAUCAAUACAUCGCGCUGGCAGCAGGUCUUGGCAUAAAUUUUCUAAGGGAGGGUUUGAAUAUGAAGUUGAGAUCAGAUAUGGGAGUUAUCAACUCGCGUGGUUCGACAAGAAGUUGGCGGUUUCGUACGCAGUUGAUAAUGAGCUAGUGAAGGGCAAGGGGUUCGGGAGGGCUGAUAGCGUCAGGUACGUCAUGCGCCGAGAACGAGGAGGACCCAUCACAGAGCGUGUGGAGCGCUUGAAGACCAUCGAGUUCGCUGAUAUCUCUGCGGAUUCUCAUGCUGUGAGGGAUGCCGAUGGUGGCCUUCCUUCCUUGGCCCGCACGAAGUUGCACAGAUUUUCGUAUACAGAUCACCCUUAUCUUCUCGAGUGCCUUUAUACUCAUUUUCAGCAUGAAAAGUACAAUCCCUGGUGGGACGUGCCCGAAAAAAGCCUUACUGACGAGAUCCUCUUCGUAAAUCGUGAUCGGCAAAAUGGAUUCCUUGAAAUAUGGGAUAAGAGUGGGGAAGUCGUCUUCGAAUCUGAUCCGUUCAAACAUGAUUACGAGAAGUGACUGA